AACAAAGUGUAAGUAACCAUACAUGUUUAUCCACACUCAUUUUCAUGCAUAUUUAUGAUUUGACUGACUAUUAUGACUACUGUACAUAACUUCUCAUUUUUAAAUUUAACAUUUCUUAUUUUCAUAUUAGUCCACAGUGCAUUAACUCAUGUUAACAGAUUCAACUUUUGAUUAGUAAAUGCUUAGAUUAACUUUUAACUUAUUAAAUGCUUUAAAAGUAUUGUGAACUAGUGUAGUUAACAUAAAAAAAAACUAAAACUAUUGUAAAAUGUUUACCCCUUUUCUGUAAAGUAUGUUUCUAUAUUAUUGUAUUUGAAUUAUGCUAAAUACUGUAUUAAAAACAAUGUUCUGUGGUGUCUUGUAUAGUUUUUAAUUGUGUGUUAUUUUAAAGGAGUGCUCCAAUAAAGGUGGAGGAUUAUGAGGCUUACUAUAAGAAGCAAAGAGCUGAUUCCUUCUGUGGAUUUGCUGAAGAAUUUGAGGAUCUAAGGCCAGUUGGGAUAAAUCAGCCGAAGACUGUUGCUCAGGCACCUGAAAACAAAGCCAAGAAUCGUUACAACAAUGUGCUGCCAUAUGAUUCAUCUCGUGUCAAACUCUCUGUGCUCGGCAGCCCAUUUGAUGACUACAUAAAUGCCAACUACAUGCCGGGUUAUACUUCAAAGAAGGAGUUUAUCGCAGCCCAAGGGCCACUGCCCUGCACUGUCGAUGACUUCUGGAGACUGAUCUGGGAGAAAAACGUCCACACUAUUGUCAUGCUCACUAAAUGCAAUGAGCAAGGACGGGUGAAAUGUGAGGAAUACUGGCCAGCAGAGACGAAACAUUUUAGCAAUCUGACAGUGAUGAAUACUUCUGAGAUCACAUUGGAAGACUGGACUUUACGUGACUUUGAAGUGAAAAAUGUGAAAACAGCAGAGUCUCGAUCAGUUCGUCACUUCCAUUUCACUGCGUGGCCAGACCAUGGAGUUCCUGAGACCACUGAGCUUCUCAUCAACUUCAGACACCUGGUUCGAGAGCACAUGGACCAGUUCUCAAGACAUUCACCCACACUUGUGCACUGCAGUGCUGGUGUGGGCCGGACGGGAACCUUCAUCGCCAUUGAUCGGUUAAUCUUUCAGAUUGAGCGGGAGGGUGUAGUAGAUGUAUAUGGGAUCAUCCACGAUUUACGCAUGCACAGACCACUCAUGGUUCAAACAGAGGAUCAAUAUGUGUUUCUCAACCAGUGUGCCAUGGACAUCAUCAAGUCUCGGACUGGCAACAACGUAGAUUUGAUUUACCAGAACACAGCUGCACUCACUAUUUAUGAGAACUUUGAACCCUUAAAAAAAGCCAAAAAUGGCUACCAUAAUGCCUGACCGUACCAUGAAUAAUUCACUGCACUGCUGUAAAAGAAACGUUGUUCUUUUCUUUUUUUUUAUGGAGUUUUAUUUAAAUAGGAAAAAUUAUAUAUAUUUAUUAAGUUUGUUUAUAAGAGUAUGCAGAAAUAUUUUUUAAUUUUGUUAAUCAAGUUUUUAUCAAAUACAGAAAUGUAGCUGCAAGGAAGUUUUAUGAGUUUUCAUAGAAUAAAGCUGAUAAUGUUUUAAUUAUGUAAUAUGACUUCAUAAAAAUGGCAUUUCCUCAGACAUAGGCUACAUGUGAAAUGAAGAUAAGCAUAAACAGAAAUAUAGACAUGCAACAGUCACAUAGGACUUCACCGUUAGACAGUAGUACAGCAGUAGUGAAGACAAAAUGGUUAAGCUGGUAAAUUGUUGACAAUAUGCAGUGACAGCUUGCUGUUCUCAGGUCUGUGUUUUUAAUAUAACUAUUAUUUCCGGAUGUCACAGGCCAAAGGUUGACCUUAAAUGGACCAUUAGGACAAUGAGUUAGCAUUGAAUAGUUGCAAUCUUUUUGGUAUUCUCUUCAAUUGUUUAUUUUCAGUAAAGAGACAUGCUAUCCUGUCUGGUCCUAGUUUGUAAAUGUUUUUGUUUUCCUUUUAGAAUGAGGUCAGUGAAUGUUAAGUAUAUACUGAUGUAAUUUAUUACAAAAAGAUUUGAACAGAGUGUCACUCUGUACCGUCUGUGCACUUAAACUGUUAUAUUUGUACAUAAUAUAUUUAGUUCAGACUUCCAGCCUUUUUUUCAAGAGUGUCACUCUGUACCGUCUGUGCACUUAAACUGUUAUAUUUGUACAUAAUAUAUUUAGUUCAGACUUCCAGCCUUUUUUUCACAAAGUGUUGUUCCAGGGACUUUUUGCUUGUGUGGUUUUAAUAUUCUGAAAUUUUCUGCACAUAUUUUUAAAAUAGUUCAUAGAUACUCUGCUGGUCAUGAUACAGAACCAUACCAGAUGAACUCUGUAUUAUACUGAGAUUAAAAAAAAGAUGCACUUUAUUUCACACUACUGUGGUGACCUGUGUUUGUGUGUGUGUGUGUGUGUAACAGAAAAUACUACAUAUAUAUACAUAUAUACUUGUCAUGUGUGAUCAAAAUGGUAACUUUCUUAUUUUAAAAUAAAGCCAACAGCAAUACGC